AUGUCCCUCGACAGACUCGAUACAAACCUACCCAAAGCAGAGCGCACUGACAGCGCAUCACUGCUCUCCCCCAUCGCAUACGACGACGACGCAGCAUCCCUCCAUUCCCGAAGCGACCAAGACACAGACAGCGACGAUGACCAGCUGCAGCUACGGGCGCGAAACAGCCGCGAGCUGCGCGCCGCCGACAGAAUCGUCUUGAUGGAGGAAGAAGAGCUCGACCGCCUGGUCACCACAUCCAGAAAGGAAAAGGAGCGCCAACGACGGGGGUCCGGGCUCUCAGUCCCCAGCGCCCUGAAGAUUUUCGGCCGCCGAGGAAGUUCAUCGCAGUUAUCGUCGCCGAAUGCCUCCAUGGAGAACCUGGUGUCUGAGAAACGAGAAGCCAGACGGACGAGGAGGAAACAGAAAAGGGACAGAUUGCUGGAAGAUGCUCGUCAUGGCGAAGACGGCGAACUGAUGUAUGAGAUGGAAGAAGGUGGCAUGAAGGACGGCAGUUCCACCGGCGAUAGCAGCGAGCGGGAGGACAGCGAGGAAGCCGACCGACGACGAUUGAACCUGGUGGCACAGGCUAGAGGCAACCGAGGUCGCAGUUGGCGGAGGUGGUUGUUCUUACAUUCCCUUAUUGCUAUCGGCAAUGGAACGGCCCUGUUUGCACCGACGACAAUCAUUCUUAGUUUGGAUGGUUUCCGUGCGGAUUUCCUGCAACGCGGCCUGACGCCUAGACUGAAUGCCUUUGUCAAGGAGGGUGUGUCGCCGCAGUAUAUGCUGCCGUCUUUUCCCUCUCUCACAUUCCCUAACCAUUACACAUUGGCAACGGGUCUAUAUCCCGAGGCACACGGCAUUGUUGGAAACACGUUUUGGGAUCCAGAAUUCAAAGCUGAGUUUUACUACACCGACCCAGCGAGGAGUUUGGAUCCAAAGUGGUGGGGAGGACAGCCGUUCUGGGUGUCGGCUGAGAAACAGGGCAUCCGGUCUGCAGUGCACAUGUGGCCCGGAAGCGAGGCCCAUAUCCAGGAGACCUUUGCGAGCAUUGUCGACAAAUACAACGGCAAUGAGCCGCUCGACCGCAAAGUCUCAAGGAUACUAGGCUUCCUCGACAUGCCUGGAAAGGAGAACGCAGCGUUGGAAGCAAAGGACUCGCGACCCCAGCUCAUUGCGGCGUAUGUCCCAAAUGUCGAUACGGACGGUCACAAGUACGGCCCGAAUAGCACCGAGAUCAGGUCGACUAUUCAAUCCGUCGACACUAUGCUCGACAGCCUCUUCAAGGGGCUCGAAGCUCGCAAUCUCACAAAGAUUGUCAACGUCAUCGUGGUAUCUGACCACGGCAUGGCUACUACAGAUACCUCCCGCCUGCUUCAGCUAGAGGAUCUCAUCGACACGUCCAAGAUUGAGCAUACAGAUGGCUGGCCACUGUACGGUCUGCGACCCAAGGACAACAAAGAUAUCCAGCCUUUAUACGACCAACUCAAGGAGAAGGCCAAGUCGAAUCCCAACUUUGACGUCUACCUCCGUGAUGUGGACAUGCCCAAAAAGUAUCACUUUUCCAACAACCACCGCAUUGCCCCUCUGUGGGUUGUCCCCAAGACCGGCUGGGCUAUUGUCACCAAAAAGGAGUUUGUGGUAACGGAGGCCAAGGAGAAGGGGCUGGUGUAUCACCCUCGUGGCCUGCACGGCUACGACCACGAACAUCCUCUUAUGAGAGCUAUUUUUAUUGCUCGAGGACCAGCGUUUCCACACCCGGCGAACAGUCGUGUCGAGCCCUUCCAAAACAUUGAAGUAUACAACAUCUUAUGCGACUCGCUAGGCAUGAAGCCACAACCGAAUAACGGAACGUUGAGACUCCCCCUUAAACCAGUCGGCAGCCAUGACGCUGAGAAUCAGCAAGAAACGCCCGCGGAUCCGCCCCAUCCAGAGACCACUCAUUCUACGCAAUUUGUUCACGCAUCACGGCCAACUAAAAUUGUGGCAUCGUCGUCGAUCGUAGUUGGUGUUGAUGAGCCGACGGGGUCACCUACGUCGACUAGUACGGAGGUUCCUGCUGCGGAACCUACCAAGGAUGGUGGAAAGCCCGAGGGCGAUGGGAAAGAUGAGGGGAGUGGAUCGGUUGGAGAUACAGUGAAGGGAUGGUGGGAUUGGAUUACGGAUAAGGUUGGGGGUUUGUGGGAUACAAUUACGGGUUCUGGGUAG